ACUAAUAUGCGUCAAAAUUAUUUGGUAGAAAAAGAAAGACAAAGUUAGGUUUAUAUAUCUUCAUAAAGUAAUCCAGGGAGUUCCACCCUAUAAUAAGAGAAUUAAGAUCAUAUUCAGAGGCAAACUAAAGAGUGCAGAGGGGACUUUUCUAAGCCAAGAAUGGCCGUUAAGCUCAUUUACCUCUUUCUUGUCGUUUACAUUGUUCUUCUUAUAUCAGUUGGGAGCGAUACUAAUGCUGACCUGAAUAUGGCCACAAAGGUAGCUACCACAGGAGGACGGAAUGGGAAAACUGGUCGGUCCGAAUGGCUAUACGUGGCAGGAGAAUGUGCAAAAUUGCCACAUUGCAACAAAUAUUGCGUUUCCAACGGGUUUCGUCUUGGUGGGUUUUGUAAGAAAGUGUCCCCUCAAGCUUCUUCUAUUUCUUGUGUUUGUAAAUACACCUAACUUAACAUCAAGUUUCUUUUCUUUUUCUGUUGUUGUUGAGAGAAACAAUAAAAGUGUUGUUGACAAGCUAAGCCUUGUCGGUUCAUUCUAUGUAUGUUUUUAUGGUUUGGAACUUGUAACUUUUAAGUCGGUUA